AUUCAGAGAGAAUGAGUGGAGAAAAAUUGUAAAAUAUCUAUAGGAUGAAAUUAAAUAAAUAUUAUUGGACGUGGUACCUGAAAAUUCGAGCGCCAUCCCUGGCAGUAGAUUCAAAAACAGUGAAACCAUAAGUCGCGGCGUUUGCCUUUUCCAUUAGUAUGUAGUGAUUUCGCGUAAGAAAGAAGUAUAAUUAUCUUUAUAGUUAUCAAUCGUAAAUAAAAAUAACGUGUUAUUUCGCGAACAUUCGAUUGUCGGAUUGUUAAUUUUUCUUUUUUCCUUCUCAUUUCGACGAAUAACAAUGUUUGGUUAUCGUGAUCCCAAUAAAGAUGCGCCAAAUUAUAAUUUUCCAAGGAUCAAGCUGAAAAAUAUAACAUGCGUCCAUUGCAAAUGUCUAUUUAUCGUACGAGAAGUUUUAACAUUGCGUGGAAAACAAAUUCCAUUGUUAAUGGAAUGUGGACAUUCUAUUUGCUAUGGGUGUGCAAAAUUAUAUCCUGAUAUAUCUUGCUCAUUGUGCUGUGAGCUUGUGGAAAUUAAUGAGAAAAAAAGUGAAAUGUAUCCCUUAAAUAUUUAUACAUUGGGUUUGUUAUUUGUUGCAAGUCAUCAACCAUACUUAUUAGAAGAACCAGAUAUUUCUUUUACUCAAACAGUUGUUCCAAAAGCACGGCUAUUUCAAAUCGCAGGUCACUGUCAUGAAUGUGAAAUAGAAGCUACCUUACGAUGUCCACAAUGUAAUGCUCUUUAUUGUCAAACAUGUUAUUCAAAGAUACAUGGAAAGGCAUUACAAAAUCAUUCCAAAAUUUUAAUUAAUGAAAUAAAAGAUAUGCCUUUGACAAUAUUCAGUGUUUGCUCUAAUACUUGCAAUGAAUAUGCUGGUUAUUUUUGUAAUGAUUGUAAAAUAUCUAGUUGUUCACAUUGUAUGUUACGUUAUCAUUCAAAGCAUAAUCAUAUCUCAUUGUUAGAAAAGAAUCAAGAAUUAAUGGACAAUUUUAACAAAGCUUACAAUGAUGUCGCAGAGAGUCUACACCGUGUUCUUCAAACAUUAAAGAAGCUGAAAACUAUGCAGAUGUCGCAAACGGAAAUAGAAAACAACGAAACUGUCGAAACUUCGAUAACACAACAUUUUGCUCGUUUGCACGGCGUCCUACAGAAUAUCGAAAGAAGAAUGAUCGAUAAAGUUCAUGAACAGAAUAAUAGCUAUAUUAAGAAUAUCACGGAACUAGAGACCCAACUGAAAUCCCAUCAAAAUCAAUUACAGGGAGCAUUAUUGGUAGCCUCUACCGCGAAAGAGAAUAUCAAAAGAAUCGAUUUGGAAAAUGUCAUAUGCAAAUUGAAAGAUAUCGCCGAUGUACCUUGUCACUUGGUAAAAGAGUCACUUAUUAACGAGGACAAAAUAAUAUUUAAACCCGACGAAAGCAUCAUCGAUGUUCUAGAAAAACACUGUACUCUUCAGAUACCUUCGAAGAUGCAAUUCUAUUUAUUGCGUACCAAACUCUUGCCCGAAAAUUACCAAGUGGAACCUUUGGAUAACACCAUAGCUAUUUCGAAUAAUCCCUCGAUGGAAGAAGAACUUUCGGUUCUACCAAACAAAACCAUUUCCGUGACUUCUCUUUCUUCUGGAAAUACCGAAAGCUCCCUUCGAUUGGAAUCUUACGAAUUGGUUAAAGUACUAAAGGUCGUCGAUCCUUCCUGCUUUUACGUUCGAAAUAUGUCGACUCAGAAGCAAGCGGAAAAAUUAACGAACGAUCUUGAAGCUUAUAGCACGAACGCGAUCAAUCCAACAAAUGAUAUUAUCGUCGGUACAAUGUAUAUGUUAAAAUAUUGCACGCGACGGGAAAAAAAAUGGCAACGUGGGAAGGUCAUAAAAAUUAACUUAAAUCAAAACGGCGAUAAAACCUACGACAUAUUGUACGUCGACAAUGGAUACAUCGAACGUAAUGUAUCGAUUAAACGCUUUAAGCUGAUCCCAUACUAUUUGGCAGCAGUACCUAUAUUGGCAACAAAAUGUUCCCUCCAUAACAUCUCACCGACGAAUGAUCGUUGGAGCAAGAGUGCUACCGAUACAUUUCGUAAAUUAAUUAAUAAAAAUGAUUCAUUAUUGAUGUACGUCGUUCAUACCGUUGGCAAUAUACAUUACGUCGAUCUUUGUUUCAAAUCGAAUAAUCCGCAAGAAGAAAAUAGCUCGAUACGCGAUUUAAUGAUAUUUAUGAAACAUGGCACUCUUAUGUCGUCCCAGAGAUUAAAGAUAUUAAAUCCAUUACCAAUAAUCAUUUACUUUCACGAGGAACUUGAAAUGGAGAUAUACGUUUACGUUACAGUUCAACACGUCGAAUCACCCAAUUCCAUAUACGUUACGAAGAUUGGAGAAAAUCGUAAACAUAUCAACAAACUUAUGAAGGACAUGAUGUUGUUUUACAAAAAGAAUGGAGGACGUAAUAUGUUAACCUGUCCUCUUGAAAUAAAUACUCCAUGCGCGUUAUACUCAAAUGGAAUGUGGUAUCGUGGAUUAAUCAAGAAAAUCAUUAAUGAAAAAUAUAUCGAUGUAUUUUGUGUUGAUUUUGGAUAUACUAUUACGUCGGAACAUAAUAUGUUAAAAUCAUUGCCGCAUUAUUACAUGAGCAGUAGAAUGCAGGCGAUACAUAUUUCCUUGAAAGAUUUAACUCCAUUGUCCGAAGAUCGUAAUCAAUGGAGUUUACAGACAAUACAGAUAACGAAGCUACAAUUGACGAAUAAAAAUGUUAAAGUUAUAUCUAUGUUUAAAAAUGAAAAUAUUUAUGACGUUUAUUUAUAUAUUAACAAUAUUAAUUUCAAUUCUAUGUUAAUCAAUAAAGGUUUCGCCGAACCAAUAGGACCAAUCGCGUUGAUAUAUCAGGAGAACAAAGAUUUGUUAUGUUUAAAAAAGGAUAGAAAUGAAGAAAAUAAAAAUCCUUUACCGAUCGAUGUAAAAUGGAAUAACGAAGAAACAAUGCCAAAUGAUCCACCGACGAUCGAAUCCGAUCCCUUUAAAGUAUCCAUUCAAGUGCAUAAAGCUAUAUCGCCCGAUUGUAUUUAUGUUUCUGACGUGUCACGCGAAGAAGGAAAGUUUAUAUUCAUGUCGAAGCUACAAGAUUUUUAUAGAAAAUAUCAUUCACCACAAGAAAAGAACUGGACUAAGGAUUCCGUUUGUGUCGUUUAUUCGAAAAAAGAUAAAAGUUAUUUUCGCGCUUAUAUAUUAAACGUCAUUACAUCGAAAGAAGUUCUAGUAUCAUUUUAUGAUAUGGCAAUCGAGGAAAUAAUUCCGAUUGAGCAUAUACAACCGUUAGAUCGAAAAUUUCGACAAGAACCGGCAUAUAUAUUUAAAGUUAAGCUCGCCGGUAUUUUACCAUGUGGCGGUUCAAAAAUCUGGCCUUCCGUGUCUUGUCAAAAAUUGUCAGAAAUAAUAGACGAGAAUCAAAAUUCACAAUUUUAUAUUACGAAAAUGUCGGACAUGGAACAGAAUAAAGAGAUAAUACCCGUUCAACUUUGGAUGAAACAAUCAAAACCAGAUGGACCAUUAUCGCCAAUGAAAACGGAAAUCAAUUCUAUUAACAAAAUGUUAGUAGAAGCUGGAUUUGCUUUACCAAUAAAAGAUUACAAUGCAAAAAUAGAUAAGAUACUGGCUAUUGAAUUUAAACGAGAAUUAUUAGAAACCCAGAUAGGAUAUCAAGAUAAUGAAGAAAAUAUAAAAUGGUUCUCUGUUAAUGAAGGAUUAGAAUGUUCCAUUGAAUCGAAUGAACAAAGUAAUAAUGAAAUUUCUGCGUCAGAAAUAAUAUCAAUGAAUUUAAAUAUACGUUCGAAAAAUGAAGAAGAAGUCGAAAAUGUAAAAGACGAAGAAGAAAAGUAUGAAGUAAAGAAUGAAGUAGAAGAUGAAAUAGAGUAUGAAGUAGAAGAUGAAAUAGAGUAUGAAGUAGAAGACGAAGAUGAAGAUGAAGAUGAAAAUGAAGAUGAAGAUGCAGAUGCAGAUGCAGAUGAAGAUGAAGAUGAAGAUGAAGAUGAAGAUGAAGAUGAAGAUGAAGAUGAUUCUAAUACUACAUCGAGCAUUAACGAUGCUAUCCAAGUACCAAUGUUAACAGAUUGGUUACCGGCACUUCCAAUAAAAAAGAAAAACUUCAUUGCCAUACCAACGUACUUGGAUCACUCUGGAAUGAUUUAUUUACAUUCUAAAAAAAAUGCAAAAAGGACGUUAGAAUAUAUAGAGACAAUGUUAGCUGAUUCUUAUAAAAAGAUCAAGAUAAAACCAUGCGAUAGAAAAUGGAAGGAAGGAGAUAUAUGUAUCGCGCAGUAUCAUGGCAACAAAAAGUGGUACAGAGCGAAAGUAUUAGCCGUGUUAGAUGAAAAUACGAUAGAGGUUCUAUUUGUUGAUUAUGGAAAUAUCGAAGAAUGUUCGAUUGGACUUGUAAAAAAAAGAGUUAUUUUAGAACAUAUACCAAUCCAGUGUAUUAAAUGCAUUGUUCCCGGUUUAAAUCCGGAACAAGGAAAAUGGAAAAUAGAAGAUUUGGAUAGAAUACAUGUAUUUCUUGUGGAAAAGGAAUGUAAAGUUACUGUUUUAGAAAAAACCGAUACGCACUUAGUUGUAUCGAUCACAUUAUUGAAACCAAAACAAUGCGAUCUUCUUUCUUUCGUUACUAAUGAAUUAGGAAUUCGUUUGGCAUCUAAUUCAAUAUAUACGAAUCCUAUCGAAAUAUCGGGCAAUAUUACUUCAGACGAUAUAUCUUCGAAUUCUUCGAAUGUAAUUAUUGAAAAAUAUAUAGUGAAUAAUAGAACAAUCUCUGAUAUAGACACAGAUACUGAAAUGAUUAUGGAAUACUUAUCAGAUAUAGACAGUGACAUUAUUAGCGAUAAUUCUAUGAUAAUAAUAAAUAAUCUCGAUGAGAUAGACAAUCAUAAUAAUAAUAAUUUACAAAUGAUUAAAAAAGAAUUAGCUCAUACCAAUUUAAAAAUUACAAAUAUCGAUUGUUUUGACACAUAUAUACCAAUCAUUAUUCCCAAUGACAUUGAUACCUUUGAAGUAGACUUAUGUUAUACUGAAACAGCAACUAUAUAUUAUACUCAAAUAAGGGAAAAUAAAAAAUCUAAGAUAUUAAACGAUUAUUACAAUCGUUAUAAAAUAUUAAUGGAAAGUUUACAAAGGGAAGCACCUAAACAACCAUUGAUCGAAAGUUUAGUUUCCAAUACUCCCUGUUGUGCCUUGUUUAACGAUGAUAUUUGGUAUAGAUGUAUUAUUAAAAAAACUACCAAAAUAAAAAAUUCAAAGAAGACUUUCGUUCACUUAUGGUACGUUGAUUUUGGAAAUGAUGAAUAUCGAAAAGUAACAUUGGAAAAUUGUAAUCUACGUAUAUUGAAAAAAGAAUGGUUCAGUGUACCAACAAUAGCUAUAAAAUGUCAAUUAUGGAAUAUUAAUGUUGCCACUAGUAAAAAAUUCUCAAACAUAAUAGUGGAAAUCGAAAAAAUGUACCGAAAGUAUAGUAAUCGUAUAACCGUUAAAGUUAAGGAACGUUGUAAGGACCAUUUGUUUGUGGAAUUAUACGUGGAUAAAACAUGUAAGAAAUUGAUUUAUAGUUCUUUAAUCAGAGACGGUUUUUUUCAAAUAAAUAAGACGAAGAAAGACUGAUUAAAAAAAAAAAAAAAAUAAAAAAGAAAUAAAAAAAAAAAAGAUAAAAUAAAAUAAGAUAAAACAAAAUAAAAUAAAUAAAUAAAAAAAAAAAAAAAAAAAAAAAAUAAAAUCUUGAAUCAUUUAUGUUUAUUUCAGAACAAGUUUACAUGAAAAGUUUUGUUUUGUUUUAUAUAUUAGACAUAUAAAUAAGUAAUUUAAAAAAAAUAUAAUGUUCCUAUAUAGAUAAUAGUCUUUAUCAUUAUUUGUGAUAACAAAUAAUUUUGUUAAGCGAUAUCUAUUAUAUCUUGUAUCAUUAACGCUGUGUACUUUUAGCUAUUUGUUCUUUAAGAACCAAAAUACUUUGUCUUUGUUCUGGCGGAAGCAUAGCAAUUUGUUCAUCCGACAAUUGCAAUACUUGCAUUAUUAAAGCAGCCUGUGAUAAGAAAUAAAUUUAUAUAAUAGAUAUUAAUAUUUCCGAUGUUGUUUAAUUUGUAGAAAAAUUAAUAUGAGUAAAAAACGUAUGAUUUGUAUGU